CUGGAAAAGUACGGAAGUUACUCGAACUAUUUAAUUCAAAAAGAAGUAAAACAUAGAGAAACAAAAUUGAAAAGUGAAACGAUGAGUAAAUAUGUCCAGAAAUUGAAAAUGAGGGAGAAAAAUUUAUUGAGAGCACCAAUUCUUUACGAAGGUCCAAUAUACAUAAACUAUUGGAUGCGAAAACGGAGGAGCGGAGCUAGAAAAUAA